AUGAAGUUUUCAUACCUUUGGGUGGCUCCGGAGGUCAACCCGAUCAACCGCAAAGCCCGAUCGGUCCCUUUUCUAAAUAUCUUCAAUGUAUACGGGCGCGUUUUCUUCUUUUCUUGGUGGGGAUUCAUGGUAGCCUUCUGGGGCUGGUAUACAUUCCCUCCUCUGUUAACGCACACCAUCAAAAGCAACCUUCAUCUCACCUCAGCUCAAGUUGCCAACUCCAACAUUGUCUCGUUAUGUGCAACAUUGUUGAUCCGGUUUGUGGCUGGUCCUGCCUGUGACCAUUUCGGACCUCGCUGGGUAUUCGCUGGUACACUUCUCAUCGGAUCAAUUCCUCUCGGUCUCGCUCCUCUCGUCCACGACGCUCAAGGCCUCUAUAUCAGCCGUUUCUUCAUGGGUAUCCUCGGUGGCUCCUUCGUUCCUUGCCAGGUUUGGUCGACCGGUUUCUUCGAUAAGAAUGUCGUGGGCACUGCCAAUGCAUUAACAGGAGGAUGGGGUAAUGCUGGUGGUGGAAUCACGUACUUCAUCAUGCCUGCCGUCCUCGACUCCUUCGUAAGACGCGGUUACUCGGAUGGCGUCGCAUGGCGCCUCACUUUCAUCGUCCCUCUCAUCAUAACCAUCGCGACCGGCAUAUCUAUGCUGCUCUUAUGUCCCGACACUCCUACCGGCAAGUGGUCCGAACGCCAUCUCCACGCAGACCAAAACCUCGCAUCCCACAGCAGCGGUCUGUUCUCCACCCCACCCAACGGCCUCGUCGACAUCCCAGGCAGCAUCACCGACAAAGCGGAGUCCGCAGGUGACAAGAGUAUCCACGAACUCGAGCAGGACCGGAAGCCCAUCCCCUACGACCACGAAGCCGCGCUCUCGAAAGAAGAAAUGCUGGAAACGGCCCGAGGCGAAGUAGUCCAAAAGCCAGGCUGGGAUAUAAUCGCGAGCGUGCUCGCCUCGCCACAGACGCUAUUCCACGUGCUCACAUACAUCUGUUCGUUCGGAGCCGAGCUAGCCAUCAACGCCAUUCUCGGGUCCUACUACGCGCAGAACUUCCCGCGGCUCGGACAGACGGUGUCGUCGGAAUGGGCCGCCAUGUUCGGGUUCAUGAACUUGAUAACUAGACCCCUCGGCGGCGUUAUCUCCGACGUCCUGUACCACGCCACGGGCCGCAACCUCUGGGCCAAGAAAGUCUGGAUCGUCGUAUGCGGCUGUCUUACCGGCGCCAUGCUCAUCGUCAUCGGCAUGCUCGACCCGCAUCACCUGCCCACCAUGAUCGGGCUCGUUGCGCUAAUGGCUAUCUUCCUCGAGGCGGGCAACGGCGCGAACUUCGCUCUCGUUCCACACGUGCAUCCCCAUGCCAACGGCAUGGUCGCCGGCACGACGGGCGCUGGGGGUAAUCUCGGUGGUGUAAUUUUCGCGGUUAUCUUCCGCUUCAUGGAUAAUGGAACCGAUUACGCGAGGGCGUUUUGGGUUAUCGGGGUUAUGACUAUCGUGCUUAAUCUGUGCCUCUGCUGGGUUAAGCCUGUUCCUAAGGGGCAGGUUGGUGGGCAUUAG